AUGAGCGAGCAAAAGACCGUGGGGAAUUCCCAGAAACCAUUGCAAGAGGACAAGAAAGCGGUGGAGAGCACAACAGUCGCUGUCCCUGCCGCUGUGAAUGACAUGGCUACCAAGCACCCGCUGCAGAACCGAUGGGUUUUGUGGUACGACAAUCCCAAGAAGCGCAACUCGACCGAGUCUUGGGAGGAGAAUCUCAAGAAUGUUUACACGUUCAACACAGUGGAAGAUUUUUGGUGUUUGUACAAUAACAUCUUGGCACCCACGAAGCUCUCGACUGGGAGCAACUACCAUUUGUUCAAGGAAGGAAUUCGACCGAUGUGGGAAGACCCGAUCAACGCCAAAGGCGGCAAGUGGAUUUUCACGAACCCUCGCUCGCGAAAAGCGCGACUUGAUGAGUGCUGGCUCUACGUGAUGCUUUCGCUGAUCGGUGAGACGCUGCAGGACGAAGAUGACGUGUGUGGCGCUGUAGCUAGUGUGCGCAAGCCACAGGACCGCAUUGCCAUUUGGAGUGCAACGGCUCAUGCUGAGGACCGCCAGAAGGCUAUUGGACGUGGCUUCCGCCAGGCGCUUGUUGAUCUCGGCAAGAAUGAAGUGCUAAAGUACCAGUCACACGCCGAUGCUGCGGCGAGCGGGUCCAGUUUUCAAAACGAAGUGUACGUUGAUCAUCUUCAGACGCGCAUGUUGUUUUCUGUUGAUGACACCUUUUGUCUGUUGUUGCAGACUGUAUGA